AUGGCGAGCAGCGCGGACGUGACGGCGGCCGAUGUGCUGCCCGUGGGCGACUUCCAGCGCUACCUGCUGGCCACGUGCAUGCCGCUGUUCGGCGAGGGCGCGGCGCUCAGCGUGGACAGCUUCAAGGCCGACCUGGAGGCGUCCGAGGCGACCAUCACUCUGGAUCAGUUCGUGUCCGACUCCGCCACGCGCGUGCUGCAGGUGCACUGCUACCCCGCGCGCGCAGACGAGGACAGCCCCAUGGACGGCUCCGUGCCGGGCUUCCGCGUGCGCGUGAACCUGGGCAUCGAGUACGCGCCCGGCAAGAAGAGCGGCCACGACGUCGUGUGCUUCAUCAAGCGCUUCAGCGCGCCGCUGGCCAAGGACCAGACGCUCAACCACCAGCUGCAGGUCAUGACGCUCGGCCUGGGAUCGUCCUCGUCCUCCCCCGCUGCGGCGGAAGGGGACUCGGACACGGCCACCACCACCAGCGGCGAGAACACGGAGGAGGAGGACGAAGACAGGGGCAACCUGCUCUCGGUCGUGUACAACUACGUGCACCAGUCGUUCACGCCGCUCGUGAACGAGUACUCCAAGGUGCACAUGCCGCAGAGCGAGAUGACCAACCUGAGCGAGGGCACAAGAGGUCUGCCGGCCAUUCGACGCAGGAUGAAGGAGCUCGAGCUCGCCUUGCUUCAGUACCAGCAGAACAUUGAGAUCCCCGAGGUGAACCUGAUCUUCCACCCGGUGAUCCAGCAGGCUGCGGACCUGGUGCGCGAGAAGGGCGUACUGAUCGAUGUGGAAGCGCUGGGACUCGAGGACAAGGUGAACGACGUCGUGUUCGUGAACACUAUCCAGGGAGGAGUGAGCAAGUGGAUCAAGGAGAUCCAAAAGGUUACGCGGCUCAUCAACGAGCCUCUGCCGGGAACUGCCAUGCAGGAAAUCAACUUUUGGUGCGAUCUGAAUCGCGCGCUGCUUGCUGUUCAGGAGAAGCUCAAGUCGCCGGAGGUGGAGAUUACGCUGGCCGUGCUGCAGCGCGCCAAGAGAUAUCUGGCAACGGUGACCUUUAGUGCCGACCACGGUCUCGGCCCGGCGAUUCAGCACGUGUCUAGUGUUAUGACGCUGAUGAAGGAGUUCCCGAUGAACUCCAUUUUGUCCGCAACGGACAUCAACCAGCUGAACCAGGGAGUGACGCUCGUCUUCACCCACUUGAAGAAGAUACGCGUGGCUGAUUCUUACAACCUGUCGCGCCUGUUGCGCUUGGUGGAGGUCAUGUCGAGCGACCUCACCCAGCAGGUCAUCAGCCUGUUGCGAGUUUACAGUCUCAUCCAGGUCCCUUUCAACCAGUUCGAGCAGCUCAUCUCUUCGUGCAAGGAGCUUUUCGCGAACUGGCACCGCCAGGUUGCAACGCUUUAUGAUCUAACGAAAGAACUAUUCAAGCGACGAGGAGGAUCAAUCAACACGGAGAAGCUUCCGUUGCUUUCCGAGUUGCAGAUGGAGCAUGCGGCUAUUGAGGAGCGACUGUUAGAGCUCUAUGAAUUCCGAGAGCAGCACGAAAAGCUACGUGAAGUGAUUCAGAGAGUGCUGGGUGGUUCCAAUGGGAUUGGUCUGGAGGAGGCUCGUGGCAGCGAUGGGACAAAUGACGCACUCACUGAAAUUAACUCGGCGUAUUCCCAGUUGAAUUCGCUGGAUCCGCUGGAUGUAUCGGGUGAAGGCGUGACUGCUUGGAAGAACCUGCGCAAAGCGUACGACCUGUGCAUCGACCGUGUGGAAGGGCGAAUUAUCAACAGUCUUACCAGCAGACUGAGCGCUACGUCAAAUGCUGACGAGAUGUUCCGCGUUUUCUCCAAGUACAACGCGCUGUUUUUCCGUCCUCGUAUCCGCAGUGCCGUGCAGCAAUUUCAGAUGCAGUUGAUCGAAAAUGUGAAGGAGGACGUGAGCAACCUCCAAGCCAAGUUCCGUGCGCAUUAUGCUUACUCGGAGGCGUCACGUACAAGCAAGCUUCGCGAUAUCCCGCCUAUUGCUGGUGCGGUAAUGUGGGCCAAGCAAAUUGAACGCAAGCUGAAAAUGCUCCUGUCUCGUGUUGAAAGUGUUCUCGGUGUUGGCUGGGAGCAGCACGUGGAGGGAAAGGCGCUUAAAGCAGCCGCCGAGGCGUUUAUUGCCAAGCUCAACCCGCAGCUAAUCUUCGACCAGUGGGUGAACGAUUUGGCAUCAAUGCCCAUCUUUGACAUCAAGAAUAUUAUUCUGAACAUUGUGACGGAGGACACGCCUCAGGGUGAGAAGAAGAAACUGGUGGUCGCUUUCAACCAGCAAAUCGUGACACUGUUCAAGGAAGUGCGAAACCUGGAGUGGUUGGGCUACCGAGUGCCUUUCACUCUCAAGAUGAUUGCGGAAGAUGCGAAGUCGAAAUACCCGUUUGCAAUGUCUCUGGACGCGAGUCUCAAGACGUACACAAGCUCGUGCCGACGUAUCCAACCCAUUUUUGAAGCACUAACGGCGGCGUAUGUUCGAGAAGUGCGUGCUACCAUUGGCAAGACGUUUACGAAGGGCAACGAAAUGCGAUGGCAUGCAGAUGGGUUGGGCGAGUAUGUUACUGAUCUUGCAACGAAGGUGGAGCGCUUGCACGACAAGGUGGAUGAGUUGCUGCAGAAAACUAGCGAGAUUGACAGCCUCCUGGAAAGUGUCCGAACUAGCUCAGACUUCCAAGCUGCAGAGGUUCGAGCAGUUUUGGUGAAAAUUCAAGCGCACGUGGACGAACUAAGUUUGGCUGGUUACGCGAAUUUGCAUGUGUUUGUCAAAAACCUGAACACUUUGAUCAGUGGCAUUCUGGGCAAGAAGUUGGAAGCUCUACUGCAACGUUGGGUCUCUUGCUUUGGGCCUCAGGCUGAUGAAAAAUCUUUCCAGGCUGCAGUUGCCGAAGCUGGACUUAGCAUCACAACUCACCAGAUCCUUUUGAAGAACCAGGUCCUGUAUUUGGAACCUUCAGUUGGUGAUGCGCGUCGUGAUUGGUUGGCGCAGCUUCAGAAUUUGUUGAACUCCGUGUGCGACCUGCCAAAGAUUCAGACCUCCUCGUAUGAAAAUGUCUAUGGGAAGUCCACUGUGUCUGCCUUGUCAUCGCCACCUCGUAAGAGUGCCAGCUCGAGGCGGCGUGAGGCUGUGUUCAAGGAAGCUCUUAAUCAGGUGCCUCUUGACUUGCUGCUUAAGGCAUACAGCGUGCUUGAUGUUACUGUGAGUGAUGUGGACAAGUAUGCGUCGACGUGGCUGCAGUAUCAGGCUUUGUGGGAUAUGGAUGCUCAAACUGCAUUGAACAGUGUUGGAGAGGACCUUCGGAAGUGGCAACAAAUUCUGGUGGAAAUUAAAAACGAGCGCAACGCCUUUGAUGCCGUCUUCAACACGAAACGCUUCGGCCCGUUGGUGAUUAACUACCAGCAAGUGCAAGCUCAAGUGAAUGUGAAGUAUGAUGCGUGGCACAACGAGUUCCUUGCUUACUUUGGCGAUCUUCUCCGCGACCAAAUCAACUCGUUCUACUCCACGAUUUCGUCCAAGAGAACGCUACUGGAGCAGCAUGCGCUUGAAGCUGCCACGGCGCAAGUGGUUGCUGCGAUCACGCUUAUCCAAGAAAUGCGCCAGAUGCGAGUCCAGUGGGAAGAAGCAGUGGAGUCGUUUGAACAGGGAGAGCGUUUGCUGAAAAAGCAGCGAUACAGGUUCUCUGCUGACUGGCCGUCGUUGGCUAAUGUGGAGGGCGAGUGGGAAGCGUUCAUCCAGCUCCUUGAGCGGAAGACUGCUGCUAUGGAGAGUCAGUUGCCCCAAUUGCAGGCCAAAAUCAUGGAAGAAAAGAGUGCAUUGGACAGCAAGAUCAGCAAGGCUGUGACUGAAUGGGACAGCGCUAAACCGUUGCAAGGUGGCCAGUCACCGAAGGCAGCCACGGAACUGCUGAUCGUCUACGACACACGCUUCAAGUUGUUGCGUGCUGAACAAGACAAAACUAACGCUGCGCUAGACGCUUUGAACAUUUCCUAUGUGUCGGGAAUGGGAGGGUCUUCACUUGAUGACGAUCGCAGCUCGUACGGUGAUCUUUCAAGGGCAAUGGAAGAACUAUCUGGGUUGGACGAAGUUUGGAAGAGUAUUUCCAAGGUCUGGGCUCACGUUGACGAGCUGCAAGACACACUGUGGUCUGCAGUUCAUCCCCGCAAGGUCCGGAAGCAGCUGGAUGAAAUCGUUGACGAGAUGCGGCGUUUCCCUGCUCGUGUCCAGCAGUAUGAGGCUUUUGAGCAUUACACAUCGUUGAUUCAGUCUCGGAAGGCGAUGAACUCUUUGCUGUCAGAACUGAAGUCUGAUGCCGUUCGUGAUCGUCAUUGGAAGCAAAUUUUGCGGCUGCUGAAUAUCUCAUCUCCGUUCACGGAGUUGACCUUGCGCAGUUUCUGGGAGUCGAAGAUCUCCGCCAAUGAUAACGAGUUGAAGUCAAUCAUUCGUACGGCCCAGGGAGAAAUGGCACUUGACGAAUUUUUGCGCCAAGUGUCGGACUACUGGACCAACUACCAGCUAGAUCUGGUUAAUUACCAGAAUCGCUGCCGAGUCAUUCGUGGGUGGGACGAGAUGUUUGCUAAGCUUGAUGAACACCUGAAUAGUCUGAGCAGUAUGAAGCAGUCACCGUACUACCGCGUGUUUGCAGAGCUGGCGACCAGCUGGGAAGACAAGCUUACAAGAAUCCGAAGCAUCCUGGACUUUUGGAUUGAUGUCCAAAGGCGUUGGGUGUACCUUGAAGGUAUCUUCUUCGGGUCUGCGGACAUUAAGCAGCAGCUGCCGAAUGAGUUCGCGCGUUUCCAAAGCGUUGAUAACGAGUUCACUUCGACAAUGAAGCGUGUUGCGCACAAGCCCAUGAUUGUGGACGUUGCUAACAUACCGAACUUGUACCAUUCGCUUGAGCGUCAGCAAGACAUGAUGGGCAAUGUUCAGCGUGCCUUGGGUGAAUACUUGGAGAGGCAACGAGCAGCUUUCCCCCGUUUCUAUUUCGUUGGUGAUGAAGAUUUGUUGGAGAUGAUUGGUAACAGCAAGGAACCGAUGCAGAUCCAGCGUCAUCUUUCGAAGAUGUUUGCCGGAAUAUCCUCGUUGGAAAUGGACAACAACACGGGUGUGAUUUUGGGAAUGGCAUCUCGUGAAGGCGAGGUUGUGCAGUUUAAGGAGCCCGUUAAGACCACGGAAGAUACCCGCAUCAACGUAUGGCUGGGUAAGGUGGAGGAGCAGAUGCGCAAAACACUGUCGCUUCUUUUGGAAGAAGCUGUGCGAUCCUACCCUACCGAUGACAGUGCUGACACGUAUUUGAAAUGGGUUUCGGAGUACCCGGCUCAAGUGGUGAUUCUUGCCACCGAAGUGCAAUGGACAAACGAAGUCGAAAAUGUGCUGAAGGCUGGUAGUGGUGACCUGUCACUGGUGUUGGAGCAGUUGGAUAAGCUACUAUUCAUUUUGAGCGACCGCGUUCUCACAGAUGUGAAGAAUGAUGUCCGGAAGAAAUACGAGCAGCUUAUUACCGAGCUUGUGCACCAGAAAAGCGUAACGAAACGUUUGAGUCAAGCCAAGGUUAAUAGCGCUGAGGACUUCCGUUGGUUGUAUCACAUGCGACACUACUUCCAAGCUAAGGAAUCGGACCCGCUCAAGAAACUCACUAUCCAGAUUUCUAAUGCGAGCUUUUCGUAUGGCUUUGAGUAUUUCGGUGUUGGAGAGAGGCUUGUGCAGACGCCUCUGACUGAGCGUUGCUACCUCACGCUGACCCAGGCGUUGGACUUCGGAAUGGGUGGAAACCCGUUCGGUCCGGCUGGUACUGGCAAGACGGAGUCCGUUAAGGCCCUGGGUUCCCACCUAGGUCGUUUUGUGUUGGUGUUCAACUGUGACGAGCACUUUGAUUUCCAAGCGAUGGGACGAAUUUUUUUUAACCGUCUCGAGGAGCGCGUGCUUUCUGCUGUAUCCCAGCAAAUUUUGGCGAUCCAGAGUGGAGUGUCGUCAUUGAAGGUUGGAAAGAGCACUGAUGUCGUUAUGAACGGUGGCAGCUCCAGCACUACGAUUGAGCUGCUGGGUAAGAGCGUCAAGCUGAAUCCUGAUGUGGGUAUCUUCGUGACUAUGAACCCGGGCUACGCUGGACGAUCGAAUUUACCUGACAACUUGAAGCAACUAUUCCGAAGCAUUGCAAUGGUUGCUCCGGACCGUGAACUGAUCGCGCAGGUGAUGCUUUUCUCUCAGGGCAUUACCACAGCCGAACAAAUCUCUGCCAAGGUUGUCCUUUUGUUCAACCUCUGUGAAGACCAACUUUCGAAGCAACCUCACUACGAUUUUGGCCUUCGCGCAUUGAAGAGCGUGCUUGUUAGUGCUGGUCAGCUUAAGCGAAAGAUCACUCAGUCGCAGGAUAGUGUGGCACCAGCCAACAUCGAGGAACUAGAGACGAAGGCUCUGAUUGGCUCCAUUACGGAUACGAUUUUACCGAAACUCGUUUCUCACGAUGUACCGGUGUUCGAGACACUGCUGACGGGUGUGUUUCCCGGCACCGAAGCUCAUCGUAUUGAGGAAGACAACCUACGUGCGAAGAUCGUGGAGUUGGCGAAGAAGAAUAAUUAUGUCGCGAACGACCAAUGGGUCGAAAAGGCUUUGCAGUUGUAUCAGGUGAUGCAGCUUCGUCACGGCGUGAUGCUUGUUGGCGCCUCUGGAACAGGAAAGUCGAGCGCAUGGCGAGUGCUGAUGGACGCCAUGGAACUUGUUGAUGGCGUAAAGGGUGAAGCACACGUGAUUGACCCCAAGGCACUGUCUAAGGAGCAUCUCUAUGGUGUUCUUGAUAACACAACGCUGGAAUGGACGGACGGUGUAUUUACUCACUUGCUUCGCCAGGUUCUUAACAGCGUAAGAGGUGAAAGUGAGAAGCGGCACUGGAUUAUUUUCGAUGGCGAUGUGGAUCCUGAGUGGGCUGAAAACCUGAAUUCCGUGCUGGAUGAUAACCGUCUGCUGACGCUUCCUUCUGGAGAACGCCUUGAGAUUCCCCCUAAUGUGUGGAUCAUGAUGGAAACGGAGACGCUGCGUUACGCGACGCUGGCUACAGUCAGUCGUUGCGGCAUGGUUUGGUUUUCUCAUGAUACGGUUAAGACAUGCCACAUCGUGGAGCACUAUCUGCUGAAAAUGCGGGAUGACGUAUCUGUCAUUUCGUCGUUCUCUCUGCAGCCAACGGAGAGUGGACUUGCCAAGAAGACCGCACAGACCUACGUUGCUCUUCUGCGAGACCUAAUUGAUCGUGGUGAUGGCAUGCCUUCGUUGAUUGAGAUUUGCUUGGAGCAGGCGAUGGGCCAAACGCACAUUAUGGAGGUGACGACCCUGCGCUUGCUAAUGUCGAUGUUUACUCUGCUUGGAAGGGGCCUGACUCGUAUCAAUGAGUAUAACGAAGGCCACUCCGAUUUCCCGAUGACUGCUGACCAGAUGUCACGUUUCGUGCCGAAGUGGUUCGUGUUCUCGAUUCUUUGGGGAUUCGGAGGCUCGAUGGACUCAGUGAAUCGCAUGGACCUAUGUGAUUUCGUGGUGCAAACCCUUGAAAACCGCUUGAUGUUCCCUGUUGCUGCGUCGUCGAGCCCGGAUAACACUCUGCUUGAAUACGAAGUGAACAUUGAUGACGGCGCGUGGCGCCAGUGGCUCCGAUCGAUCCCGCAACUGGAUCUUGAGAGCCACCAAGUCUUGUCAACGGAUGUCGUAGUGACAACGGUAGACACAAUUCGCCACGUUGAAGUGCUGAGAGGGUGGCUUUCGCAGCAUCGGCCGCUUAUUCUGUGUGGUCCCCCUGGUAGUGGUAAGACGAUGACGUUGACCUCAACGAUCAACUCCUUGCCUGAGUUCGAAUUUGCAAGCCUCAACUUUUCGUCUGGAACUUCGCCCGAACUCAUUCUGAAAACGUUUUCUCAGUAUUGUGAGUACAAACGUACUCCGAAUGGAAUGAUGCUGUCGCCGAAUGCACCGGAGAAAUGGCUGGUCGUGUUCUGCGAUGAAAUUAACCUUCCCGAGGCUGAUCGUUAUGGAACGCAACGCGUGAUCACAUUCUUGCGGCAACUUAUUGAACAAGGUGGCUUCUGGUUGGGUGGCAAGAACGCUUGGGUUCGGUUGGAGCGCAUUCAGUUCGUUGGCGCUUGUAACCCGCCAACUGACCCAGGCCGUGUCCCUAUUUCACUUCGCCUACUGCGUCACGCCCCUAUUCUCCUGGUUGAUUUCCCGUCGUAUCCGUCUUUAAAGCAGAUCUACGGAACAUUCAACCGCGCUCUGCUGAAGUUGACCCCAUCCCUUCGUUCUUACGUGCAGCCACUUACCGAUGCGAUGGUUGAUGUAUAUGAUAGCAACCAAAAGAAAUUCUCUGCUGAGAUGCAGCCGCACUACAUCUACAGUCCCCGAGAGCUGUCGAGAUGGAUGCGCGCGUUGUAUGAAGCGAUCGAACCGUUGGAGUAUGAAAUCGACGUCGAGACGCUGGUCAAACUGGUUUUCCACGAAGCGCUACGCCUUUUCAUGGACCGUUUGGUGACAUCCGACGAGCAGAAGUGGUGCUUCCACAUGGUGAAGGAGACCCUGAGGAAUCACUUCCCGCAAAGUGCUACUGCUUUGGAGGUGGUGGAGUAUGGCGGUCAGCAUCCAAUUUUGUUCAGUACGUGGCUUUCGAAGAACUACACUGAAGUGACAACGACAGAUUUGCGCAAGCAUAUCGAAGCCCGCUUGCGUGUUUUCUACGAAGAAGAACUCAACGUUCAGCUGGUCGUAUUCGAUUCAGUGAUCGAUCAUGUGCUUCGCAUUGACCGCGUUCUUCGCCAACCGCUUGGACACUUACUGCUUGUUGGAGAAAGCGGCGCCGGUAAGACCGUUCUGUCCCGUUUCGUUAGUUGGAUGAAUGGUAUGUCCGUCUUCCAGAUCAAGCUUACCUCGAACUAUACUCUGGAUAACUUUGAUGACGACCUUCGUGUUGUCCUCAAGCGAUGCGGUUGCGAGGCUGAGAAGAUCUGCUUCAUCUUCGAUGAGUCCAACGUUCUUGAUUCGGCUUUCCUGGAGCGCAUGAACGCUCUGCUAGCGUCCGGCGAAGUGCCUGGUCUGUUCGAAGACGAUGAAUACACGUCACUCAUGCAUGCUUGCCGUGAAGCUGUCCAGCGCGACGGGGUCAUCGUGGAAAAUACCGAAGAUGAACUCUUCCGGUACUUCACAAAACAAGUACAGCGACACUUGCACGUGGUGUUCACGAUGAACCCCGCUUCGGGCGACUUCCAGAAUCGUACUAACACCUCGCCGGCUCUUUUCAACCGAUGCGUGGUUGAUUGGUUCGGUACAUGGAAUGAUCAUGCAUUGGCACAGGUGGCGUAUGAAUUCACGAACACGCUUGAUCUUGCGGGAUCCGCAGACUUUGUCAUUCCAAAUGAUGCUGCAGAUGUUUUGGCGAAGCUGAUUCCGCAUAUCGCUACUGGAACGUUCCGUGACGUGCUGGUUGGAAGUAUCGUUCAGUUCCAUCAUGCUGUUCUACUACACAUGCGUCGUCUUCAGAAGCGUCACAUGAAGUACAACCACAUUUCGCCUCGGGAUUACUUGGAGUUUAUCCGCCACUUCGUGUCGCUGUAUUCCGAAAAGCGGGCGCAGCUGGAGGACCAGCAGCUUCACUUGAACGUAGGCGUGCAAAAGCUACAGGCUACUCAUGAACAAGUGGCAGAGCUGCAGGGUCAACUCAGUCUUAAGGAGAAGGAGCUCAAGAAGAAGGACGUUGAGGCUAACGAGAAGCUCCAGCAAAUGGUGCAGGAGCAAAAUGAGGCUGAAAGGAAGAAGAAGGAUACGGAGGAGCUUGCUGCUGAUCUUGCGAGUAAGGACGAGGAGAUUCGUUCGCGGAAAGAGGUCGUCGAAGCUGACCUUGCCCAGGCCGAGCCUGCUCUGUUGGACGCCCAAGCAUCUGUGAAUUCAAUUCGCAAGGCGCAGCUUGAUGAAAUCCGUGCCCUCGCUCGACCUCCUGCUGCCGUUCGCAUGACCAUGGAGGCUGUAGCGGUUAUGCUUGGCGAGUCGAGCUUAGAAUGGGCCGACUUGCGUCGUUUUAUCCGAAAAGACGACUUCAUUUCCCAGGUUGUGAACUUCGACUCCGAAAAGCUUACAGCGCGUCAGCGACACACAAUUCAAACGAACUACGUCGACAAGGUGGAUGAGUUCGACUACGAAAAGGUCAACCGUGCCUCGAAGGCUUGCGGCCCUCUUUACAAGUGGAUUGUAUCGCAGCUCAACUACACGAACAUCCUGCAUAAGAUUCAACCAUUGAGAGAAGAGGUGCAGACCCUGAUUGACACGUCUUCGGAUCUACGUGAAAGAUACGAACAAGCCAAGAAAACUAUUGACGCUCUGGAGGUCCGCAUUGAAAACUUUAAGCACGAGUAUGCAGCGUUGAUCAAUGAGGCGCAGGUGAUCACGAACGACAUGGCAUCGGUAUCGAAGAAGGUAGAACGCUCAGUGGCGUUGCUGAAGAGUCUGCUUCAAGAAAGCGAGCGAUGGGAGGCUGGCUCCAAUGAUUUCGAUACCCAGAUGAAGACGCUCGUGGGCGACACAUUAUUGUCCUCUGCGUUCCUCACAUACAUCGGCUUCCUUGAUUUCCAGCAGCGCAAGAUUCUUGUGCAAGAUUGGCGAGACAUCCUCGACUCAAUGGGCAUCAGCACGAAGCCCCAGUUGAGUUUUGUGGACUAUCUGUCCCGCCCUAACGAACAGUUGGAGUGGCAGAUGAGUGACUUGCCCUCGGACGAGCUGUGCUACGAGAAUGCCAUUAUCCUGCAGCGCUUCCACCGCUUCCCACUGAUUAUCGAUCCUUCCGGACAGGCGAACAACUUCAUUAUGAAGUACUACAGCCUCAAGACAAGCACGAAAAUUGCGCAGACGUCGUUCUUGGACAGCUCCUUUAUGAAGGUGUUGGCCAGUGCCAUUCGCUUUGGCACUGCACUUCUGGUUCAUGAAGUGGAGAAUAUUGAUCCGAUCCUGAAUCCAGUGCUGAACCGAGAGCUUUACAAGACGGGUGGACGUGUGCUGAUUCGCUUGGCUGGAGAGGAAAUCGACUACUCGCCAGAUUUCCGACUCUUCUUGAUCACAAGAGACCCAUCUUGCCGGUUCUCGCCUGACAUUUGCAGUCGUGUGACGUUCGUGAAUUUCACGGUCACUCCCAGCUCCCUUGAAAGUCAGGGCUUGAGCAUUCUGCUCAAGAGCGAGCAGCCGGAAGCAGAGGAGAAACGGAAUAAUCUUCUGAAGUUGCAGGGCGAGUACCAAGCAAAAUUGCGCGAGCUGGAGGACUCGUUGCUUCAGCAAAUCAAUAAUGUGCAAGGCAACAUUUUGGAUGAUGAUCGGGUAAUCAACGCUUUGGAAAGCAUGAAGGCGGAAGCAGCCCAGAUUUCGCAGCAAGUGGCGGAAACGGAAUCGACGAUGGCGAUUGUGGAGACAGCGACAAGCCGCUACCGCCCGCUUGCGAAGGCGAGUUCUCAGCUGUUCUUCGCGCUGGAGAACCUGUCAUCGGUUCACUUCCUCUACCAGUAUUCGCUUGAUUUCUUCCUGUCGUUGCUGUCUAAGGUUUUGGCCCAGCCGACUGAGGGAGGAGAUUCGGUGCGACUUGCCAGUAUUUCGAAGGGUCUCUUUGUGCAGCUUGCCAGCCGAGUCAGCCGAGGACUUGCCGAGAACGACAAGCUUAUGUUUGCUCUAAGACUAUCGCAGAUUUACUUGGCACUGGAGCAGCAGAGUGCUGCUGUUGCUGACGCCAAGACGACUAUGGAUGAUAGCAGCGCGUUUGAUGGACCUAGUGAUGAGGAUAUGGAUAUACUUCUUGGAAGCUCGUCUACCUUCUUUAAGGCUGACAAUGGCUCCCAGCGCACUGAACUUGAGCAAUUGCUAACGGCUUUCUCGAAGACUGAAAUGGACCAGCUAAUCAAGUUGAUGAAGCUGUCGACGUUCAAGCACCUGGAGGAGCACGUGCGCGAGCAUGCUAGCGAAUGGAAUGCCUUUGUGAAGACUCCCUCAGCGGAGGAAGCACUUCCAGCUGACUGGGAUGCGACGUAUGUGGCAGCCUCGGCAAGUCCGCGCCGUGCAGCAUUCCGAAACAUGAUUGUGAUUCAUUUCUUACGGCCUGAUCGAAUCACAUUCGCGUCGGAGCGAUACAUUGAACUGGUGUUUACGUCCUCGUUCCCGUGGCGUGGCGAGAUCGAGCUCUCGAAGAAUAUCCAAGAGGACACGCAGGCAACGCGUGGAGUGCUUCUGUGCUCUACGACUGGUUUCGACCCAAGCGCGCAGAUCGAUGAGCUCGCGGCAGUUUUGCAGAAGAAAUACAACUCGGUGUCCAUGGGUUCAUCGGAAGGUUUCGAUGCGGCUGAGAAGGGGCUCAACACGGCGUUGAAACAUGGCACCUGGCUGCUGCUACGCAACGUGCACUUGUGCCCGUCGUGGCUUGUGAGCGUGGAGAAGAAGCUUUACAACGCGCGCGAAAGUGUGCACCCGAACUUCCGCCUAUUCCUGACCAGCGAGAUCAACCCGAACUUGCCGGUGAAUCUCGUCCGCAUGUGUGAUAUCUUCGUGUUCGAGCCACCGAGCGGCAUGAAACUCAGCAUGGUGCGAUCGCUAGACACGGUGGCUGCUGACCGCAUGAAUAGCUCACCAGCCGAGCGUGCACGCCUUUACUUGCUGUUGGCUUGGUUCCAUGCGCUGGUGCACGAGCGACUGCGCUACGUGCCAAUUGGCUGGUCGAAAACGUACGAGUUCAGCCAAUCCGACUUCAGAGGUGCAUGCGAUGUUAUUGAUCGUUGGGUUGACUCAGUCGCCAGCGGCCGUGCACACGUUGCUCCUGACAACAUUCCUUGGACAGCUAUCCGAACCACGCUGAAGGAGUCAGUGUACGGUGGCCGCGUUGACAACACGUUCGACCAGGAGUUGAUGGAUACGCUUUUGGAGCACGUGUUCACGGCUGCUAGUUACGAGAACACCUUUGAGCUUGUCGCGACGGACGAUGGCAACGGCUUGGUGAUUGCUGAGGGUAAGACCAAGGCACAAUUCAUGGAGUGGGUCUUUUCUCUUCCAACGACGAAUCCGCCUUCAUGGAUGGGUCUGCCACGCUCAGCAGAGAUGAUGGUUCUUAUCAGCCAGGGCGCGCGCAUGUUGCGUAACUUGCAAGUGAUGCAAGACUUCUACGGAAGUGAAGGUGGAGAUGAUAGUGCUGGCGGAGACGACGAGAGCAAGAUGGUACUGGGUACUGCGGCGGCGGAUGGUGCUGAUGCGAGACCGAAGUGGGUCCAGGAGUUGGAUCACCGUGUUGGUGCAUGGCUUCAGCUCUUCCCGGCGGAAGGACUCGCAGUGCCUACAGUGCGCGACCCCGUCCACUUCGGCAACCCUGUCUACCGCUGCAUGUUCCGUGAGCUCGAACUUGGAGCGUCAUUCCUGAACAAUGUGGUUGGUCUGCUCCAAACUGUGCAGCGUGUGUGCGCUUAUAAGGCCAAGCCGUCGAACGAAACGCGGGAGGCUCUGCGUACGCUCUACCGCGACCAAGUGCCCCCGCAAUGGGCUCAGUUGUACCGUGUUUCCGACGAGCUCAACCUGAACGAGUGGCUCUCGGACUUCUCUCGACGCGUACACCAGCUGAACGCGUUGGCGCAAGUUGCACCAACGGAGCUUCUGCAGCAGACUGAAGGGAUCUGGCUGGGUGGAUUCUUCUCGCCUGAGGCGUUCGUGACUGCUGCCCGCCAGAGUGCUGCAGCGGAUCUCGGCUGCUCGCUGGAUGAGCUGCACCUGCUUGCCGAUGUGGAGGACCCUUCGGUCUCAUCAGCUGGCGGAUUUACCGCUCGCGGCCUGCUGCUCGAAGGCGCCACCUGGAACUUUACCGGCUUCUCACCGUCGAAUGAAAUUCGCAACAGUCUAUCGGCGUUGCACCUUCGCUGGGCCCCACGCAAUGAGGAAGCGGACAACCUGCGACUGCUUCCAGUGUAUUCGAGCAGCAAGCGCGACACGCUCCUCUUCUCCGUGGCCGUCAACGUUGAGGACGCCGCAUUCCCGAAAAAGAAAUGGUUGGCAACCAGAUCCAGACACCUACAACCGACAACCGACAACCGCACUCAUGCUUCGGGCGACUUUCUCCGCGUCGACUCUCAGUCGGAGAUGCAGUUCGCCGCCGUCUUCCUCUUCCUGCUCAGCAUCUCCGCAGCCGCAGCUGAAGACGCCUGUCCUCCGAGCGAGGUGGUCAAGUUCGCUGAGCUCUACGCUAACCCACACCUGCAUUCAUGCCAGAAGCCGCAAGUCAAGGCCAUGUGCGCUGCUGAGGCUUGCCGUGCGCUGGUUAAAGACGUCCUCGCUCUCGAGCCUGCCGACUGCUACCUGUCUCUCUCCGGAGCCAAGUUGAACGCGCACAAGAUGGCGUGUAGCUUCCGGGAUGCUUGCGAAGGUGACACGGAGCACAAAGAGCACGAGAACGACAAGCACAAGCCGACACCGAAUCCUUCAGAUGACAAGCACCGUCCGAAGCCAACUGAGCACGACGACAAGCGCUACUACCCGACUCCGAAGCCAACAGAAGAGAAGCAUUACAAGACGCCCAAGCCAAUUGAGGAGAAGUACCACCCGACGCCCAAGCCCACGGAGGACAAGCACUACUCGACUCCGAAGCCUACUAAGGACGAUAAGUACCACGACAAGCAAGGUCGACCACGUGGGCAACGUCAGCUCGACGACCGAGUCGAUCGGAAGGAGGCUGAUAAGGAUUCGCACAAGCUCAAGCCCCCGAUGAACGGUACGGCUCUGGAGUUCUUCCCAGUGCCCAACACGACGUACAAAGGCGACUCCUGA